AUGGGCAGAUGGGUAGUUUUGGGCUCAUUUGCUGUUGAGACAGACAGUGAAACAUUAUUGGGCCAUAACGGCCCAAUCAAACCACCUAUGAGGCAAAUGACGGCCCAGAAUUUUGCCACGUGUGAUACAUGUGGCAUAUAUGUGGCGGUGUCACCAUUGCGAGUGAAAAUGCCGAUCCUAGUAACAGCAAACGGUUUUUGCUAUUGUGGGCCUUUAAAGCGCCUGUUGAUAAACUUCACUCACCGUCACCACCGCCGCUGUUUCACUGCGCCACCUCUAGCCACCGUCUCGGCCAACUUUCUCUCUUGCCGUCUCCCAAACGCUAACAUCUGCCCCAGAAACUCUCUAUUACUCAGGAUGGAGCGAUUCCGGACUGGGAGUAGAAUCAAUAAGAGCAAAAUGCUGGUGGAGCAGUUGCAGCGAUAUGGACUGAUACACUCAAAGAAGGUAGCAGAAGUAAUGGAGACUGUUGAUAGAGCUUUGUUUGUUCCUGAUGGGACCCCACCCUACGUUGACAGUGCGAUGGAUAUAGGUUAUAAUGCCACUAUUUCUGCACCACAUAUGCAUGCUACAUGCCUUCAAUUACUGGAGCAAAAUUUGCAGCCUGGUAAUCGUGCUUUAGAUGUUGGCUCAGGAACAGGGUAUUUGACAGCAUGCUUUGCACUUAUGGUUGGACAGCAGGGUCGUGCAGUUGGUGUGGAACAUAUUCCUGAAUUGGUCACUGCUUCAAUCCAGAACAUUGAAAAAAGUGCAGCAGCUCCAUUACUGGAAAAAGGCUCCCUAUCAGUGCACGUUGGUGAUGGAAGGCUAGGCCGGCGAGAGUUUGCAGCUUAUGAUGCUAUCCAUGUUGGAGCAGCAGCACCAGAAAUCCCAAAACCACUUAUUGACCAGUUGAAGCCUGGGGGAAGAAUGGUGAUCCCAGUUGGCAACAUACACCAGGACUUGCAGGUUGUUGAUAAGAAUCUUGACGGUUCAAUCAACGUCUGGAGCGAGACUGCUGUCCUUUAUGUUCCUCUUACGAGUCAAGAAGCUCAGUUGCAAGGCUAAUCGAGGCUGGGAGCUCAAAUUCGCCUAUGUUACUUGGUUUAAGUAACCUCUGUAAGAAUCACUGAUCCUUUCUCUACAUGUACAUUUGAAGUUCCAAGUUCUGUACAAAUGGUGAUGUUAUAUAUCUAAUAAAGUGCCUAUGAGCACAAGAUUUUUAGAAACUCAUGCCAUG